AUGCCUCCUAAGAAGCAACCAGAGAAAUCGGGGUCCUCAGGAUCGAAGCCGGCUGAAAAGAAGCCAGCUUCUGCCAAAACCCCUGCUGCAGCGCCAAAGGUUGCAACAUCAUCGGCAAGCUCUGCUAAGCCUGCAUCUGCCAAAACUCCUGCUCCAGCUCCCAAAGCUGCUGCCUCCAAAUCGGCACCUAGUGCUGCUAAACCUGCGCCAGCUAAAGCAGCUGCGGCUAAACCAGCUGAAAAGAAAUCCGCAGCUCCUUCUGCUAAACCCGGCUCUGCAAAGGCUGCAGCAUUGAAAACUAAAUCAAGUGCAAAGCCUUCAGUUAAGAAAGCAGCAGCAGGCAAGAUUACCAAACCUAAACCCGCAGCUGCAAAGUUAAAGAUUGCACCCAAGCCCAAGAAGACUGGCAUUAAGGGACAAAAGAAAGUUGUGAAACCAGUAGUUAAGGCCCUUAAAGCUCAAAGAAAGGUUGUCAAAGGUGAACAUGGAAAAAGGAUUCGUAAAAUCCGCACUUCUGUGCAUUUCCGUAGGCCAAAGACCUUUGAAGCACCAAGGCACCCCAAGUAUCCUAGGAAGUCAUUACCUAAAAGGAAUCGUAUGGAUGCCUACAACAUCAUUAAGUACCCCUUGACUUCUGAAGCUGCAAUGAAGAAAAUUGAAGACAACAAUACUUUGGUAUUUAUUGUACACACCAGCUCUAACAAACAUCAUAUUAAGGCCGCAGUCAAGAAACUAUAUGAUAUCAAUGUUGCAAAAGUGAACACGCUGAUCAGACCUGAUGGUAAGAAGAAGGCGUACGUGCGGUUAGCGCGAGACUACGACGCUUUGGACGUAGCAAACAAGAUUGGAAUCAUAUAA